CAGCUGAUCCGCAAAAAAAAACAUCACAAGCAGCUGGCGUGCAAACUCGUCGUUUGCUACUUUUGCAUAGCCAUUUACUAUGCUUUGAGUGUUCUUUUGCAAAUUGUAUGUAUACAACUAGUUAAUAGCUUACAUUUUCAUCUUUGAACGAUCAAUCAUCAUGAGUAAGAAGAGCCAAAUGGCGAAGAUGCUCAAACUUGUGCAAUACGAGCUUGUUGAGAAGGGUCCAUCAAAAGAUACACAGAAAUCUAAAGCAACGGACAGUCAUAUUUCCCCAAAUGUUUCUACCAUUGAGAAAGCCAGUUUCCUUGAUGAGUGCGAUACUUAUGGUAACCCACUGCACAGCACUGCCCUUGAGGAAGAUUUCAGCCCAAACUUUGCUCAAAACAAAGAGGAAGUGGUGAAGGAGGGGGCAGCUAAGAGAAGAUGGGGCCCAUCCAAAAAGGUUAAUAGUGCGACCCCAAAAAAACCCACACUGUCUGGGAGAGGUCAGACCAAACGGAGAGCUAGCAAAGUGGUCCAGCCAAAGGCAUCUCAACAGAAAAAUGUCAAACCAAAAGCCAGGCCCCAAAAAGAGAUUGCAGAAGGGGCAGGUGAAGAGGAUUUAACAGAAGCUCAGAGCGGGCCUGCUGCACCACAGAAAAACGCAGUCAGAAAGAAACAGGACACAGAAGUGGAUGACUCAAGGUCAUCGGGCGAGGAGGAGGAAAUUGAGGAGUCUGCUCCGGGCUCCAGUCCUCAACCUAUUCAUAAGAAACGUAGAACAUCCCUGUCUUCAGAGAAUCUUACGGAUGAGGACAUUAGUUGGAAUCCAAUUCAGAACAAGGCCAAACCAGACGAUGUGCGAAAGCACAGGAAGUCCUCAGUUGAGAGGGGUCCGAGGGGGAGUUCGCUGGGUACGAGGGGGAAGUCCUCCUCAGGAAGUGCUGGUCCUUCCAAAAGAGACCAGCAGAAACGAAGGAAUGUAAAAAAUCCCACUGAUCUUGAUGUGGUGUUGGACUCAUUUUUGGAAUUCGUGUCAGAGUAUAUGGAUGCAGUGGAAUCUAAUUCAGUAUUGCAGGCUAUAGAUGCUCUCUCAAGAUCUUUUGAAGAUCAACUCACAGAGAAGAUAACUGCUUCAAAGGAGCUAAAAUUCCUGAAAAGGGACAACGCAAAGAUGAAUGCUGCCAUUAACCGUAAGAGAGCCAGGCUGCUCGAGGCCAAAAAUGAACUUAUAAGGAGUGAGGCCCAAUUGAGGGCCCUGCAGAAGGACCAGUCUCGACUUGAGCAGAGGCUAACAGACAUACGGAAGGGAACCACUUUCUUGAAGGAUCUGGGUCACCUGCACAAGAGCUACCUGGACCAUAGAAUAGCCCACCCUAACCAGGCAGAGGAGUAUGGCCCCUCCAGUCUACCAGCUCUUCUCCUGGAGGCCCGUGAUGUGCUGGGGACUGAAGAUCAGCUGAAGACUGUCAACGAGAGGCUGCAACAGGCUCUGGACAGAGUGGCUCACAACAAGUGAGCUCCAAGUUGCAAACUAAAUGGUGUAAAUUAAUCAAUCUCAUUUGCGUGUGGACCUGCUACACAAUUUUUUUUUAAUGAAUAAUCCUGGCAAUUAAACUUUAAGAGAGGGGCAGAUGCAUGCUCUCAUCAAGGACAAUAGUUUGAGCCUGUCUUGAUGUUCUACAGGUAUGCUCAUGAUAUUUGGAGAUACUGUAUUGGUUGUAUCUGACGAGAAUUAUGCUACACUCUUUUAAAGUGUUGAUCAAAGGUCCUUUUGAGAUUUGUAUAUUAAAUCUCAAGUAAGGUAUGUGUUUUAAAAUAAAUGUUUCAGUAAUGAG